AUGCAUGACGAGGAGGAAGUGCUGUUUACGAUGGGAACGAUUUUUAAAAUUGUCUCCGUAAAACCGUUCAACGAUGAGAUCUGGUAUGUAACACUGCAACUGGUCAGCGAACAGGAUGAACCGCUAAAAGUGCUCAUCGAUCAUUAUAAAAAGCAGAUCGGAGAAACUUCAUCUCUGAUGGUUCUGGGUGAGUUCCUUCACCUGAAAUUAUCGCAGUUCGAUAAGGCACGACAUUAUUAUGAGCUGUUAAUCAAAGAGCUUCCCGCUGAUCAUGUGAACGCUGGAAUGGCCUAUCAGAACAUCGGUACGAUUUACAACGACGAAGGAAACUAUGAAGAAGCCUUGAAAUAUUAUGAAAAAGCAGUGCAAAUUUACACUAAAACACUCCUUGACAUUCACUUAAACUUUGCCGAGAUCCACAGUUGCAUUGCAACACUAUUAGGAGACAAAGGCAAGCACAAGGCAGCUAUUAAAAAGUAUAAAGAGGCUCUCUCUAUUCAACAGGCACUCUUACCGGCAGAUGAUUUAGCCUUAGCCACGACAUUUAACAAUAUGGCUAACGUGUACUUUACCGCAGAGAACAUCGGUCAGGCGAUCAAAUACUUCAAGAAAGCUGUCGACAUAGAGAAGGUGAAAUUGCCCGAAAAUCAUCCGGAUAGAGCCGUAACUCUGAACAAUCUCGGUGUUGUCUACUUAGAACACAGUGAUCUAGUCAUAGCUCGUGAAUAUUUUGAAGAGGCACUACGCAUUCGUCUACUCUCCCUUCCGCCUACCCAUCCAGACUUAGCCGAUUCCUACGCUGCUCUGGGCAAUCUUCUUAGUGACUUUGAUGAAAAACAUCAGGCACUGAAGCAUCUGGAGAAAGCGCUGGAAAUUCAACUGCAACUGUUCGAGAACGAUACUGCGAUAAAGAACUUGGAAACAGCUGAGAGGCGUGCAACUGAAUUAGGAUUAACGGAUGAGCAAGUUGGGGUCGUCGUAGACAAAGUUUAUGGUAAUCAAGCAGAAGGUUUAAUGACUGAAAUUAAUGUAUUUUUAAUGAAUCGGUUAAUUGAAUGA